UUCUUCUAUUCCCAGAUGAGCUUUCUUCUUCUUCUUCUUCUUCUCCUUCUCUGCAUCUCACUUUGGCUAUUUUGUCUCCUUUGUUCAUGCAAGAUCCACACACCUCUUCACAAGCAAGGAAACCUUGGUAUCAAAAGGCAAUGGACAUGGCAUCAUUAUGGAAAGCCUUUGCAAAGCCAUCUGAAAUUCCAACAACAAAUGCUACAUUAUGGAGAACACUCUCUAAAUCAUCACAGAUUUCCAACUCUAAUUCCAAUAGACACAAGCUAAGAAAAUGCACCUCCUUGAAGGUGGCAACUUCUUUCACUAGGGUUUGUUUAUGUGCACCCAUUUCUUCCUAUACAGAAGUCUUCCCGGCUGAAGUCCCCCCGAGGAGAAGUAACAGUUAUCCAAGAACAAAGCCAAUGAUUACUCCCCCAACAUCAAAAGACCAAACUAGGGUUCCGAGCGCGAGGAUCAGCAUGGAGGGAAGGAGAAUUUUUCGAGGAAAAUCCUUGACGGAUGAUGUUCUUAUGAGGAGAUUUGUUGUUGAAGAAGAAGCAAUGUGGCAAGUUAGGAGGAGGAACCAGAUGGAAGCUAUUAGGAGAAGAAGUUCCAUGAAAAGGAGAAAGCUAGUCCUCUAAGUAGAAUGAUUUUGGCUGAGGAGGAAUGUGAUUGAGUUUAAUUAUAUUACUUGUACUUAGGUUGCAUAAAAUGUGCCAAUUCAGUUGAGGGUAUCUAAACUCAAAGUUUCUUCAUUGGGGUAAUUGAAAUCGGAGUUUGGUUUUUGUGGGUGCUUUAGUUUAUGCCACUUGAUCGAGUAUGGUAAGUUGUAAAAUGUACCAUGGUAAGUGAAUUCAAUGAUAUUUUCCAACCUCUUUUCA